AUGGCUACUUCUGCCUCUACCAUCACUGUUCCAAUACCUGCAACAGCCGCGACCCGCUGGCAAGAUGCGAUCGAUCGGCUUGAUCCCGAUACCCGAGCUUCACUCGCCGGCAUUGCAACCCGCAAACUUGACAUCCUCCAUCUUGUCGUAAAGACAGCUCAUGAAAAGCGAAAUAUCUGUAUUUCCAAACAAUGGAAACUGAAGACGCCAAGUGGAAAGACCAUCAUUCUGCGAGACGUGCUAGAAAAGAUCGCAGGAUGGGUAAACCGCCUUGUCUAUGUCGGAGACAAUAUCGUCCAGUACGAUCCUUCUCAUGCUGCACUUCCAUGGGCCGCUUUUCGAUUCCUUUUGAAUGUCGCAGUUGGUGAUGUUCAGGUUUGGGGAGGCAUGCUCGUGAACCUGGAAACAAUCGCUCGACUUCUUUACCGUUGUGAAGUUGUUGAGAAUAUGCACCUCAAACGCUCUUUUAGCAUGAUGGCUCAUCUGCAAGAAGCCAUGACCCAGCUCUAUGUUGAUAUCAUGAGCUCUUUGUCCAGACUAGUCAAAUAUUUUAAACAAGGUUUUCCAGAACGCACCCUUUGGAGUGCUACUCGAUCCGACCCUAAGCUCCCAGAAAUGACAGCUGUCUAUGCUCAAGAACAAGAAGUUUUGAAAUGGACAGCGUUGUCUGAUUCGGAGCUUUCCCAAGCAACAAACACCCAGGCCGCUUCUAUAAUGGACAAAAUGGCAGCGAUUUCUAGAAAGUUGGAUGCUGAUCUCCCUCGCCUGAUUGACACUAGCCUUGCCAUGCGUCAUUCUAUAGACGAAGAAAAAAUAUCCAAUAUUCUUUCAUGGUUGUGUACGGUACCUACCACUCUGCACCUUAGGGAUAUUGCUACAAGAAGAAUGCCGGGGUCCGGAUCAUGGCUCUUGAACCACACAGACUUCCAUACCUGGCACACUUCUAGCUCAUCCGCGAUAUUGCUGCUACAUGGUGUGCGGGGUUGUGGAAAGUCAACUAUCGCUUCAUUUGUCGUCGAUCAAUUCCAACAGCCCUCGGUUGUGCCUGGGGCGAGCCCAGUACCAUGCGCAUAUUUCUUCUGUGAUGACUCCAAUGCGGAGCCGGAACGAGGAAGGACAGAUAGUAUUCUCCGUGGUCUAAUUAGACAAUUAGCAGUGGACUCUGUCAAUAAAUCGAUUGACCAAGCUGUACUGUCUUCGUACGAAAAGCGGCUCGACGUUGCCCAACAAAUCAAAGCGGAUAUGGCAAGAUUGAGCGUUGAUGAUUGCUUCUCCAUGCUUCUGGAUCUCACUGCGACUAACCCGGCAUAUAUUGUGAUUGAUGCAAUUGAUCAACUUGGACAGGAUGAGCGAGCAGUCAUGAUUGAAACCAUGAAGAAGCUUGUGGAUCAAUCUGCAAGCAUCAUUAAGGUGUUUUUUACCAGCUGCAAUAACGCUCAUGUCGAGGGAUUGCUACUCGGUACUACCAAGCUCCGGAUCACUUCUGACUGUGUUCGAACGGAUGUCAGAGAGUUUGCAAAUCGGCAGGUAGAACAGGCAAACGCAAGGAGACGCGUUUUGAACGGAACUGCGACGAGCAAGUUGAUAGACAAGAUGAAGGAGCAUUUGAUAAGCAGAGCUGGGGAGAUGUUUUUGUGGGUCACUCUUCAGUUGGAAUUUCUCUGUCGCAAAAGAACAGAGCAAGAUAUCCUGACCGCACUCGAAACCAACUUAACCCCAGACCUCGACCAGAUCUAUGGCCGUACCCUCCGUCGUUUCAAUAAGCUAGAUUCGGCUGCCACUCAGGCUAUCAUGCACGUAUUCUCGUUACUCCUCUAUGCCCAGAGACCCUUGCAUCCUACAGCCGUGAAACGUACCCUCGCACUCAAUCCAUCACUUGCCGGAGCUGGGGUAGUGGAUCUCGAAGAUCUCUGCUGCAGUCUGGUCAUGCUAGAUGUGUCACAAGGCGUGGCUCGGUUCUGCCAUCCUUCCGUGCGUGACUACAUGCGCCAGCAGGAAAUGUUCUCUGCACAAGUUGCUCAUCAAAUUCUUGCCGAUAUUUGUAUGCUGGAAUGCGCUUCAGGCCCGAGUAGUGUUCCCUUUUUUGGAGACGAGACCCCUGUAGAAGACUUUUAUCAUUAUGCCGCUGUUUGCUGGCCAGAGCAUAUUCGGGAAUGUGAAGCCUCGGGUGUAGAUCAUGAUUUUGGCAAACACGCCAAAUCAUUUAUCGCAGACCAGGAUGAUGGGUUCCUCAGUCCAGCCUUUCUGACCUGGAUGGACUGGAUAGCGCAGGUCUGCCAUGACUUGCCCCCAUACCAUCGUACGAGAAACCUGUUCGAAAAUACCCUCAACGACUCAUUCUCACCUUUGUUUCUCACUUGCGUAUUUGGGUUGCGCGGGCUCCUGUUGUACGUUCUGGAAGUGCUUCCAGACGUGGACAUUAAUCAGCGUAGUGAUACGGGACAUACCGGAAUUUAUCUAGCGAGCUCUUACGGCCACCAGGAUGUUGUGAGUAUCUUACUAGACCGCAACGCUGAUUAUAAGCUGGAAUGCGGUGCCUUCAGUACUACCACACGGGUCGCAUGCUUCAGAGGCCAUCUAAAUGUCGUCCAAUACCUCCUGGGGCGCAUAGAUGAACUAGAAUCCCCCGAGCCUUUCUCUCGCGCAUAUCGGGCUGCUUGCCUCGGUGGUCAUACGGAGAUCGCCCUGUACCUUGCAAAGAACUGCACAGCAGCCCAGUCUGCGGACCAACACUCUAUCAUGCUCCAAGAGACCAUCAAGGCUGGGCUUCCCAAAGUGCUGGAAUGGCUUACCAAGUCAAGCACCCUGAAAUCGUGGGGUCUGCCAAAUUUGACUCUCAAUGCCCACACAGGCCUUGUUACUGUGGCGAUCAAGCAAGGCCAGGUCGCCGUCCUGAAAUCACUCCUCGAAAAGCGAACACAUCUCAUGCAAUCGCUCCCUAAAGAUUGCAUACCCAUUGCCGCAACUUCUGGUCAUCUGGCUAUGGUCGAGUAUCUGCACAGCAUCGGAGCCAAUCCAGACGAGCAAGGACACUUUGGCUCUGCAUUACGAAGUGCUAGCUUAGUAGGCUGUGAACCUAUCGUCCGCAUGCUAAUUGGGAAGGGAAUUGACGUUGGGCUCUGUGGCACCGAGGGUGAUGCGCUACAGGCAGCGUCGAUGAACGGCCAUCUCGGGACGAUGCAGCUUUUGAUCCAGGCUGGGGCUAAUGUUAACCAAGUGGGCAAACCCUGGGGAACCUGUCUGCAGGCCGCAGCUUGGUACGGCCAUAAGGACGCAGUAGAGCUGUUACUUUCCCACGGUGCAGACAUUUACCAGAAGGGCCAUUCCCUUGAUGCGUUGCACGCUGCCAUCGAAAGUGGUCAUGGGGAGAUCGCGAAGUUGCUCCUGGUCAAGGGAUAUCAGCCACCAAAGGGCAAAUCCCUACCUGCGGUAUCGCGGGGAGAUCACGGAAGCUCUCUAUUCCUGAAGGGUAACCCGUUGACUACCCAGAAUCUGAAUGAUGGGGAACAAGCACUGGUCGAAGAUGACACAGAGUCUCAGACGUGUUCAGAUUCAGAGACAUCUGAUGUCGAGUCUUCCAACCGGACCACCAAGCGCGAUGACAAUGAUGGUAAAGCCGAAAAUGACGACCAUGAUGAUUACGAUGAUGCGCGUGCACAACACGAUGACUUGGCCGAAGGGACUCGAAAUCUAGAACUGAGUGCCGUAGCUGGGGAUAUACAGUCCCUACGCUACCACCUCCUCCGCGGAAAGUUCUAUGAUGGGGCAGUUGCUGGUGCAAUUGAAAGUGCUGUAAUCCACGGACAACUUGAGACAUUGAGUUUUCUUGUUACCCAAGGAAUUUCCCGAAGGUUGCUGUUCGAUGGAGACGACGAGGUAACCAAGGCAAUGAUCCCAGCUGCUGAAAAUGGGCAAUCCGAGGGCCUGCAAAUCUUAGGUGAUGCAUCUAACUGGAUAUAUGAGCCGUUAUCUGAACAGUGGUUUUUACCCUUUGAGGCCGCCAUCCAGUCUGGAGACCUUGCUUGUGUUUCAAUGCUAUUGCAGCAUCACCCACCACCAGGUGAGACCUUUAUGUGGAAUCUUGCCGACGCUAUUGAUACUUCCAUGGAUAUUCAACGGCGCCAGAUAACAGAAUUUGUCUUGUUGUGGCUGCAAAAGCAUAGCGGGUUGGAAAGUCCAGUUGUCACUGCGAACGCAUCGGAUGUGACAAUUCCCACAGCAUCUGCAGCUAUGAUCUCAUCUCUCAGGAUGUAUCUCAAUCCAGAAGUUCGUGUUUCCAAAAGCUUCGAAGACAGUCGCCGUGUGUUGCGAUCAUUCAUUGUUGCAGCAACAACUACAUGCGAUCUCGGUCUGUUGAAGCAGCUCCUGGCCAAAGCAAACGCCAGAGGCUAUAUGAAGUACAAUGCGCCGAGCAAAUUUUUGGAGGAUGUCUUCCUAUCCUCCUGUUCACACUAUAUCCGUGGGAUGGAGCUCUUGUUUGGCUGUGGCCUCACCGAGGAUUGUUUCCCCCAACAGCUAAUCUGCCAGGGCGUCUAUGAUGCAGCGUUUGCGGGCAAGGCCAAAAUGGUCAGCUAUCUUGCGAACAAAGUAUUGGUGAAUGCACUAUCUGAGGAAAGCCGUUCAAAGCUUUAUUAUGCCUUUUUAGCUGCCUCGUAUGCAGGAAAUUCCCGCGUUGUGCAGAGUAUGCUGGAUCUCACUAGCUUUUGGAAUGGCAUAGGGGAGGCGAACAAGACAACAAUUCUGACAAGAGGGUUUGUUGUGGCCGCCGAAUACGGACGCAGGAAAACCUCAGAUCUGCUUUUGAAAAACGGCGCGGAAAUUCACAUUUGCGUGCAGGAAGUGCCAAAUCCGAGGGGAUCUGACAAAAAUAUGGCCUCAAUGGUUGCGUUCUUUGAUAACCAAUUGCCGCCCGCCUGGGAGCAUGCUCAUCGACGUCAACAACCAGCAAAUCCCCAAGUUUCCUCCCGGAUAAUCAGCCCGUUGCAGGCCGUCAUACGAGGGUUCGAGAAGAUUGCAUUGCGCGAGGAUUCCGACUACGGGGGUUCUCAUUCUCUUGUGAAGCUAUCGCGGGAGCUUGAGUCGAUUCUUGGCACAAUUGUUGAGCUUGGUUGCGAUCCAGAUGACCAGGGUGGGCAGCCUAUGUACCCAAUUCAAUAUGCAGCACGCUGGGGCAAUGAACGCGUUAUUCAGACUCUGCUGGAUGCAGGCGCUGAGCCAAAUCGGCUGGACGAGGAUGAUGAUGAGCAUGGGGAGUCGCGGAAGUAUUGGUCCCAAGGCGAGAAAAGCUGUCAUCCAGUUUUACUUGCGGCCGAGAGAAAGUGUCGUUUCUCAUACUCUAUGAUUGCAACAUUACUCAAGGGAGGGGCGACUGUUCCUAGUACAAGGCAAGGUCAGAUCCAUCCCGCAGUGCGCAUGUCCUUAUGCCGCUCUAUCAUGUGGGAUAGACGGCGAACUCUGCUGCCAUAUGGAUCGGCCGCUCCCCGGACUCGAGAUCAUGAGUACAAAAGUGAAGCACUGUCGAUCGAAGCAGCUCGGCAGUUGUUUAACGACGGAAUGCGAGCGCUGUUAAUUGAAAUUUUCAAACAACUCCCGCAACAAAGGGCAGAUAAACCCGAAUUCCAAAUGCUCCUGACUGCAGCAUCGACAGCAGGGGAUCGCGUGUCAGUUAAACUGCUUCUGAAACAUGGGGCGUUGGUGAAUGAUUCCGAUCAAGAAACGGUAUUCGACACGCCCCUCGGUUGUGCGGCACUUUAUGGUCAUAUUCACAUCAUGAGAGAGCUUCUUAAUGCUGGCGCCGAUCCCGAAUGUAAAGGGUAUGUCGGUUGUCCACAGGAUCCCAUGACUAAGGCUAUUAUGGGCGGCCACACUGCGGCGGUGCGGCUCCUUGUCCAGAGUGGUGCACAACGCGUUCGCACCGAAGGCCGACGAUCCUUUCUUCUCGUUGCUGCGCGGGCGAGAAAUGCCCAGAUGGUGGACUGUCUACUUCAAUUGGAAUUCUCGAUAGAUGGAGGCUCCGACGCAUUGUUAGUUGCAUGUGCUACGGGUGACGCUGAUAUUGUGUCGAGUUUUCUGUCCGCUGGCAUUGAUCCUAACACGCCGGGCAAACUCGAUCUAAACACGCUGAGCAAGGUCGAGUCAACCCCAUUGUAUCAAGCCUCUCGUCGCGGCCAUCUGGCUAUUGUCCAAGAAUUGCUGAAAUAUGGCGCCGAUCCAACCAAAAGAGCCGAGGAAGGCCUUGGUGUGCCACUCGUGAUUGCUGCAAACAAGGGACAUCUCGAGAUUGUGAGGACGCUUCUUGACCAUGGCGAUGUCAGGGCUGUCGAGGAUCUUUCCUGUAGCACAGAUAUUCCGAAUGCGAUCGCAAGAACCUGUGGUGAUAGCUGGUCACCGGCCAAAGCUAAUAUCCUCGAGCUUCUUCUGGAAGUUGCCUCACAAAGAAGCGAUUUUGAGACAAUCUGGACAACGGCUAUGUCAGAUGAAUCACUGGCAUACCGUAUCUAUCUAAUUGAGCUUUUGCUGGACUAUAUUCCACCUAGCCCCAACAUACUAGUACUUGCGGCUUCCUGUGGCUCCACGGCAGCAGUUCAACGUUGCCUAGCUCGGGGUAUUGACCCAAACAGUCCAAAUCAACGGGGCUACCUGCCUUUAGCUUCUGCGGCUCGAAGUAUGAACAAGGAUUUGGUUCAAUUGCUUCUUUCUCGGGGUGCAAAUGUCAAUGAGCUGGAUGUGCAAGGUCAGACACCUUUACUGGGCGCACUAGAAGGAUUCAAGAUGAGCUUGGCAGAACCAACACAGAAAACAUCACAUGGCCACCAUGCCCUAGACGUCGAGGAUACAGUCUACUGUCUUUUAGAAGCCGGUGCCAAGUUUAAGUGUGGUGACAGCCCAGAAGUUCUCGAAUUUGCUUGCUCCCUUGGCCAUACGGGCAUUGUCACAGCCCUCCUUGCCCACCGAGAGGCCGACUCCUCAGAAGCUGAGCUCCAAAACGGUCUGUUCGCGGCCCUCGACAAAGCUUGUCCCGACAACGUCUCUCUUUUGCUCAAAAAUGGUGCUGACCCGAAUCGAGUCCGUUCACUCCAAUCUAAUGAUCCACGGGCUGAGCAUCUCUCACAAACAGAGGAAAUGGUCGAACAGACACCAUUAGAGGCAGCUUGCGGAAGCUCGGAUGAUUGGCUAAUGCGUACGUUCCUGGCCUCAGCCACGGAGUUACACAUUCCCCCACAAGUGUUGAUCACAGCUGCGAGAUCUUCGGUGUACCAGGAGGUCUGGGCGGAGUGUACUGACCUAGCGCUCAUUCUGGAGUAUGAUGCCUCUUUGAUCGUGCCCGAUUCAGUCUUGGAGAUGUUGGCUGCUGAGAAUCAAGGAAAGCUGCUAAAACACGUGCUUCCACGCAGCAGAUGCAGCGAUCCGUCGCGCUUUGAGACCAGGCCCAGACCAUUGGCUCCGCGUGCUCCACCAACGUUGAGCCAGAUGCCCGCCGAUGUGCUCCGUCCACGUUAUAUUUGA